AGGGAGGGACCCAUGAAGGUAAAGAGAGAGAGAGGAGGAGAAAGCUAACAGAAACCAAAGAUGACUCGGUGAAACGCAAUGGAUUCAACCAAACCCAGCUUUUCCUCAAAAUCACUGCAUGUAAACAGUGGUGGAGAAAAUGAGUCACAGACGGCGGAAGGGCCGGUGCUGUGGAAGGACACUGUGGACUGGGAGAGGCAGAGGGACAGUGAAAGCAGAGAGACGGAUGUUGUCAAUGGGACGCCACCAGCUGCAGAGAUAAACCUCCACCACAAGGGGUCAGCAGACAAACAGAAGUUCAGUACACUGGGCUAUCAGAGAAGGACCAAACAGAAGGUUGUGACUGACUUUGCAACAGUGAGUAAAGGAACAUCUGCGGGGACCAGACCUAGAGCGGCGCUGAGGCAGGUCCUGUUCAGUCAGGGAGUGUCUGACAAGAACCCCGUGUCUGAGGAGCGAGGUCAGCUGGACGUGUUGAAGCGGGAGCUGGAGGCCUUCGCUGUGCCAGUCAGCCUGAAGUGGAAAUGGAAGGAGGAAAGUCAAGGAACAACACUGGAAAACAACUGGACAGAUAUAGUGCACUCUCAUUCAACUAUGUCCAAGAUGCAGAGACACCAGCAGGAGGCGCUGUGGGAGUUUGUUCACACUGAACUCACCUACAUCAACAAACUAAUUAUCAUCAAAGAUUUGGUGAUCGCCGCUCUCGUCAACCUCCACCUGCAUGGAUUUCUCCUGGAGGUGACGACCGAGCAGCUUUUCUCCAACGUCUCCUCCAUUCUCAGUGCACAUCAGCUGCUCUGGCAGGAGGUCAUCUAUCCUAUGUUACAGGAAGUCCGCACGACAGGCAAGCCCUUUGACCCAAUGAUGUUAGAGGCCGGUUGUCUGCAGUUCCAUGAACGUUUUCCCUCCUAUCAGCACUACUGUUGGGAGGAGGAAAACAAUCUUGAAUUCACGCGCAGGCAGAUGGAGAGCAACCCACAUUUCCUCACGUAUGUUCAGUGGGUGGAGACUCAUCCUCAGUGUGACCGCAUGCGUCUCGGGGACAUGCAGGCCAAACCUCAUCAGAGGGUCACAAAGUACCCGCUGCUGCUCAAAGCUGUGCUCAGAAACACCCAGGACCCUCAUGUGCAGCAAAUACUCAGAGGCAUGCUGUCCAGCGUGAACAGUUUCUUGGAUAGCAUCAAUGACUACCUGAGGCUAAAAGAUGAGGAGCUCGCUCUGUCCAUCUCUGCUCAGAGGGUGGAGGGAUAUGAGGUGGAGGGAAUAAGUGAAGAAAUUGACAAGCAUGUCAGAGAGAUCAGCCAGUUUGACCUCACGUGUCCCAUCAGAGGAGUGGGUCCUGGGGUGGUGCGUAGGCUGCUUCUGGAGGAGAACUUAAAGAUUCGUGACAGAAAGGACAACAAGCUAGAGGUGGUGGCUCUACUUUUCUCAGAUGUUCUUCUAAUGACGAAAGUCCAGAAGAAAGGAGAGCGACUGAAGGUGGUUCGACCUCCUCUGGCCCUGGACAAAACGUCUUGCAUCGCACUGAAAGAUGGCUGUUCAUUUCUUCUCGUGGAGAUAGGUGAGCUCAGGAGUGUUAUGAAUGUCUACAUAUUUGCAGCCGGCACCGCAGAGAGCUGCAGCACGUGGGUCUCGACCAUCCACCAGGCAAAGGUAUCUCUGACAAACAUGAGAAAGAUGGAGAGCAACAAACAACUGGAAAACUGGAAAAUCCAGCUGGAGACCAAACCUGUGAAAGAAGCACCGACAGAUCAUAUGGAGACAAAAGAACAUUUUGACGAUGGACUUUCUGAGGACCUUAAUAUGCCACCGUCAUUAAACGGGACGGUGGCAUCUAAAAACGCAGAGGCACAGUACCAAACUGCAGAUGAUGUGAUCGCUAACAGUGAAUUAGCUUUUUGGCAGGCCCAGCCCAGUGACAGUAAAUAUAAGUCAGUACUUAAGAGUGUUCAUGGUCAACAACAAGCAUUCAAAGAAUAUGAAUGGAUAGAAAUGGGAGUGAGAGGUUAUGGAGUUGAGAACUACGCAAUGGAAGACGAGCAAAUAGUUGAGUCUCACAUGAUGAAAGAGCAAAGCAUGGCCUUUAACCAGAGCACACAAUGGACCCCUAAUCUGGAUCUUUUCAAUCCUAGCACUGCUGAAGAUCCAAGAUCAAAUACAAUUGGGAGACCAAACAAUUUUUUACCGGUAGGAUUACCAGAUGUGGACUACCCAACUGAUGAAGAUAGCACUUUAACGUUUUCUUACCAACCAACACUUCCCAAGGAAGAAAGGGGAGGUCCUCAGUUUCAAAGAGUACCAGGAGAAGGAGGACUAUUAAGAAAAGGACAUUCUCAGUCUGUGAAUGAAGACAUCAGGAGAAGGUCCAGUCACUCUGCAGACAUGAAAGCGUCUUCAGAGGUUUGGGGGGUUUCAAAAGAUUUGAAGACACCUCGGUUACAAAGGAGGAGGCCGGUUAGCGUCCACCAGGGUCUCUUCACCCAGACGUCCAGGCAGUACGGCUCUGCGCAGACUUGGACUGCAGCAAGCAACUCGUCUUCUAACUCUGACUCUGACUACAACCUCAAAAACAAGAGAAACUCUGUUCCUUCUGGCCAAAACACCGAUUCACUCCGUGUCCUCAAGCUUGGAUCCCUAAAACCAAACCAAGGCAUGUUUGGGUACAUGCAUGAUAGGGACACAUCAGACCCAGUGACAUUUUCUGAGUCUGAGCUGCCUAAUCUGAAUUUGCAGAACAAAAUGAAAACCCAAAGGAGCGCUUCCAUUCCUAAUAUUAUGAUUGAGGGAGGUCAUGGACUUCGCCUGCACUCCAGCAGCCUUUACACUUUACCCCAAGAGCAAGACAUACCUUUUCCUAACCCAGGACAUUGUCCCUCUCGUCUGGAGGGCCUUCUGGAGAGAGCCAAAGUGAGAGUGAGGGAUCGAGAUGGAUUAAAUCCAGGGCGAAAUGUGAAAAAGACUAAUUCAAGGCCAUAUCCUCCUCCCUCCCCCUCAUUUUCCAACACACCUUCACCCUCGCCCAGUGAGGGAGACCGUGACACAGAAUGGGAGGAGGAGGAGGUGGAGCUGAUGAGACACCGAGCGCUCACAGUGAGUCAAGGAUGGAAAGAGCAGCUGGUAGAUGGAGAUGAACACGAGAGUAGAAACAGUGUUGCCUUUUCAGAAGGUGUAAAUGUGGACUGGCCAGGCUGGUGCUUUGAUGAUGAAGAAGUCAUGGACCAUUUACAACCUAGAGAUGAAGGACUUCUGGAGGACAUCACCCGUUCUUUGUCCUUUUUUGAUUUUCGCCACUUUUCAGAGCAUGAAGAGGGCGAGUGUAGUCAGGUGUAG